UAUUCUCUUCCUUUGAUUAUUGUUCGUCUGUGUGUCCAUGGCCCACACUCCUUCUCUCACAGACUAUCUCACUCACCCUGCUUUCAAAUGGCUACGAAUAACCACUUGGGCCGGCCUGAGUACGUUCCGAAGCCAGGUGCAUUUGCGGUCGUCACCGUGGAUCCUGUAGCUUGUGUGGACUAUCUCGAAGACCCGGAGGCGACUGCCGCAUGCUCUCUCCUCACAAGUAAAGACUACGUGGUAUACAUGUAUGGUUCGGGGCCACUGCUUGAUCCCCAAGCUGCUUUUCGAGAAGAGCGGCCCUACUUUGUCAUCCAAGGGGUCCCACGAGAUAUUCCAAAGCAAUUCAUUGAGGCAGGCAUGUCUAUUCCUAUCCCACCCCAGUCCCUCGCCAUCGCCGACCACCCCUCCGGUCGUCAACCACUCAAGAUAUCUGGUGCCCCGUUCCCUUGGCCAGACUGCUACUUGACCGCGUUUACGCGAGUGUUCGUGCGCUGUGCGAAUGUUUUGACUGUGGACCCUGUGGUAUGUGAACUCGACGACAGCGAGCGAUUUCGGGUCCUUCGUCGAUUUGGUGACGACGAGGAGCGGCAGGACGACCUUCGGUAUGAUGCAGAGGAAGCGAAGGCACCGACUCAGAAUCUUGGGAUGGACACCAACUUGGAAACUGCCACCGAUGAUAUUGCGGCUGACGACAAUGAUGAGGACGUAGUUGAUGAAGUCGAAGGGAUGGACGAGCAAGAGGCUGUUGCCGUUUUCCGUGGCCUCUUUGCCAACCAGGCUUCAGAGCACCUGCCCGCAGUGAAAUUCACACAUGAUCUGUCUCAAGUAAAGGAGUUCAACGAUCCCAAAGGGUACUUUGAAGAGCUUGCUGUCAUCGCUGAAAUAAUCAGAGCCUCGCUGGCGCGGAAGGAAGCAGCCAAAGCGCUCAUAUCCCAGGAGGAUGCAGCGCAUUAUAACGAGAAAACGGCCGAGUUACUGCAGGCGCAUCAAGCCUCUCAUGGCCCCGAUGCUCCUGUCCACGUCAGUGCAAGUGAGGAUGAUGCCUCGUCCGCUUCGGUGGGCAACUUGAAGCCACCACUGACCCCUCGGGUUUCGCGAGCUCGUGUCUGCAUUGCGCGGAUCAAGAAGCACCUUCGCCGUAUUAUAUGUUAA